CCAUUGUACAAGCGUGUGUCAAGGUCCACAUUAGCCAAAUGCUCUAGCCUGUGGAACAAAAGUUCAAGAUCAACCAUCGCAUGUGAAGUAAUUGAAGACCAUUGCAAACUCCAACUCGUAAGGCCUGUUGCUGCAAGGUGGAAUUCACUCUUCUCAGCAGUAGAAAGAAUAGUGCGAAUAACAAAAGAACAAGGUGAAGGAGCCCUUGCAGCUGUCUGCAGUGAACUAGAUACACCUAAGUUUGCUCCAGUGGAACUUGCAUUUCUUGCAGAGUAUGCGAAGACAAUGAGCCCAGUUGCAAAGGCACUUGAUGUUCUCCAGGAAGAAACCGGUGUGCAGAUGGGAUGGUUGGUCCCCACCAUAACUCUCCUAAGGACCAAGCUCCAGCACCUUCAAGUCACCUCCAAGUUCUGUGAGCCUUUGAUCGCUGCACUUGUUUCAGGCCUUGAAAAACGCUUCGGAGAGAUGCUUGCAGAUCCAGAGCUGAUCGCCGCAGCCAUUCUAGUUCCCAAAUUUAAGACCUGCUGGACAAGUGACGAAAAUAUCCUCAAACUUGGUCUUGACUAUAUCAGAAGCCACUUGGACUGUCAGGCCGAGAAUCACGUCAGCGACGGCUCCCACUCCUCUGAAGAAGAGGACUUCUUUUCAUCCUUGAAGAAGACCGGCCCUAUUGAAACGACCCAGCAGUUGGAUGCGUACCUGGGGUGCCCCGGAGACACGGUAGAGCUACUCAAGUCCUUCCCCGCUGUGUGCCAGCUAUCACUGAAGCUUAAUACGGCACUCCCUGCCUCAGCAGCAUGUGGAAGUGUUGCUGGGCUGAUCUUCAGGUCAAGAAGAGCCUGCAUUGGCUCUAAGAACUUUGAGAACCAGUUGCUUUUGCAGCUGAACCAAGCCUAUUGGUAACUCUUUGUUGAAUAUUCUGUGCUUGACUGAUGCAGAUCUGAUGUAUAAAGUGUUUUUUUAAAUCGACGGAUCGAUCCUCCCUUUUACUUUCUGAUCUUUUUAUAUUUUUUAACUUUAAAAGUGACAAUAACAAAAAUGGGAGAGGAAAAAAAAGUUAUUAAUACCAGUGUGGUGUUUAUUGUUUAGUUGUUUCAUUUCCAUAUGUAACUAAACUUGGAUGUACAUUCCAAUAAAGGUUAGGAUAAAUGAUAACAUGCCUCUGAAGU